GGGAGCCGGGAGCUGGGAGCCGGGAGUCAGUAGAAGGAGCCCGGAGACCCGGGUGGCGUGGUCCAGUCGGUGCUUCCCGGCUGGACGGCGCUCGGGCUAGUCUAACGCACCUUCUUCGGGCUCCUCACUGCCCCGCCCCGUCGCGCCCACGCUCGCCCAGACUUCCAGCCCUGCGUCCCUAGAAAGAGCAGCGGACCUGGCGCCCACCAUGCGCGUCAACAGCUCCGUGCCGGGCGCCAACCCCUUCCCAAGACCCCGGUCGGGGCUAGAGGCGGCGCUCCUGGCCACCGCCCUCCGCAACGACUCUGCCAACCAGUCGGGGCCGGUCUUCGCAGCGCCCAGCAGCGACCUGGACGUGAACACUGACAUCUACUCCAAGGGGCUGGUGACUGCCGUGUACCUGGUGCUCUUUGUGGUGGGCACGGUGGGCAACUCCGUGACAGCGUGCACCCUGGCGCGCAAGAAGUCGCUGCAGGGCCUGCAGGGCACAGUGCACUACCACCUGGGCAGCCUGGCGCUGUCCGACCUGCUCACCCUGCUGCUGGCCAUGCCGGUGGAGCUGUACAACUUCAUCUGGGUGCACCACCCCUGGGCCUUCGGCGACGCCGUCUGCCGUGGCUACUACUUCCUGCGCGACGCCUGCACCUACGCCACGGCGCUCAACGUGGCCAGCCUGAGCGUGGAGCGCUACCUGGCCAUCUGCCACCCCUUCAAGGCCAAGACCCUCAUGUCCCGCAGCCGCACCAAGAAGUUCAUCGGCACCAUCUGGCUGGCCUCGGGGCUGCUGGCCACGCCCAUGCUCUUCACCAUGGGCCAGCAGAACCGCAGCGCCGACGGCCAGCACCCCGGCGGCCUGGUGUGCACGCCCAUUGUCCACGCCGCCACCAUCAAGGCUGUCAUCCAGGUCAACACCUUCGUGUCCUUCGUCUUCCCCAUGGUGGUCAUCUCAGUCCUGAACACCAUCAUCGCUAACAAGCUGACUGUCAUGGUCCGCCACGCGGCUGAGCAGGGCCAGGCGCUGUGGUCCUGGCUUUCGUGGUGUGCUGGCUGCCCUACCACGUGCGCCGUCUCAUGUUCUGCUACGUCUCGGAGGAGCAGUGGACCCCCUUCCUCUACGACUUCUACCACUACUUCUACAUGCUCACCAACGUGCUCUUCUACGUCAGCUCCGCCGCCAACCCCGUCCUGUACAACCUGGUCUCCGCCAACUUCCGCCAGGGCUUCCUGUCCACGCUGGCCUGCCUCUGCCCCGGGUGGCGGCGCCGGGGGAGGAGGCCGGCCUUCUCCAGGAAGCCCACCAGCCUGUCCAGCAACCACACCUUCUCCAGCAAUGCCACCCGGGAGACGCUGUACUAGGGCCCGGCGGGCGGGACGGCCUCGUGCUCAGGGCAGCCCCGCCCAGCAGAGGCCGGCCUGGGCCCUGGCUCUGGGGAGCCUCUGCCGCCCAGAGCGCCCCUCUCUCCCCAGCCCCUCCCCACCUGCCCACGCCCCACAUCCUGUCCCUCCUCUGUGAAAACCAGAACAAGAAACUGUCCACCUCGCAGAUCCCAACGGGCCUUGGAGCAGGAGAAAUCAGUGCAGGGAGGGGUCGGCAGCUUCAUUCCCGGCUAAUGGAUGUUCGGAGGGGGUGAAAUGGCUCGCCGCUGGGCCUGGGCAGCAGGUCAUCCUCUGCACGCUUGGUUGGGUGCCGCCCCCCCCAGCCCCACCCUGCAGCUCCGAGGAAGCCCCCACACUCCUGGCAGACCUUGGGCCACAGAGGGGAUCCACGCAC